CGGGCAGAAAACAGUCCGCAAGCUGCUUUUUUUUUGGUCAGCUGGUCGCCGCAACUCCCAGCUACGUCCACUAACGCUGUCUUACAAGUCAACAAGUUCACUUGCGCUAUAAAUUGCCUACAACUUAAAACAUGAGUGAACCGGGACCUCUACACGGCGCCAAGUUGACAAACUUUAACCAAGAGGCCGCUACAGCCGCGUAUUCUCUGCGAGCCCGAUGAAAGCGAGGUUUUUUUUUGUCCUAGCUUGCUGGCUAACAUUAGCUAUUUGUCCCCCGGUUACCGAGUUACCGACAUGGCUGCGAGAGAGACCAAUUCACGGCAGACGUAUCGUCGCCCACCCUCGAGGAUAAAGACGGAGCAGGACGACGACUCGGACUCGGAGACCCACCUGAUGGCCCUGAAGCGGCUGGACAAGCUGGAGUCUCAGAUCAUCCACAGCGGACACUUCAUGGUGUCAUCGCCGCAUAUCGAGCACCCUCCGAAGAAAGGCUAUGACUUCGAUACUGUCAACGAGCAGACCUGUCGCACCUAUCGAUUUGGCAACGCGAGGAUGUCACAUCUCUCCAUAGAUGCUUCACUGACCAAACUUUUUGAGUGCAUGACUCUCGCGUACAGUGGUAAUUUGGUGUCUCCCAAAUGGAAGAACUUCAGAGGUCUCAAACUGCUUUGGAGAGACAAGAUCCGCCUCAACAACGCUAUUUGGAGGGCCUGGUAUAUGCAGUAUGUGGAGAAAAGGGAGAAUCCGGUUUGCCACUUUGCAACUCCCCUGGAUGGCAGUAUGGACGUAGUAUGGAACAUCCAGCGCUCUGCAGAGGGUUCUGCCAUGGAUGGGAUAUGCUGGAAAAGACGAAUUGAAAUCGUUAUCAGAGAGUACCACAAGUGGAGAACAUACUUUAAAAAAAGGUUACAAAAGCAUAAGGAUGAUGACCUCUCAAGCUUGCUUAAGGGACCUGAGGAGCAGCUACUGCUGUUCGGGGAAGUCUCUCCAGACAUGCUGCGUGUCUCCUCUUAUCAGGACGAGGACACUGCCGUGCGCCGGCUGCCUCGGCGGCACAACGAAACCCCCGCCCCCAUGGAGAUGGACCCCCUCUUUGAUAUGGAUGUUCUGAUGUCUGAGUUUUCAGACACGUUGUUCUCCACGUUGGCCUCGCACCAGCCCAUAGCCUGGCCUAACCCACGGGAGAUUGCACAUGCAGGGAACGCAGACAUGAUCCAACCAGGACUCAUCCCUUUACAACCCAACCUGGACUUCAUGGACUCUUUUGACCCGCUGCAAGACUUAUUUCACAGCCUCCGUCAGCCCGCCUUCCCCUCUGUUUCACCCACUGCACCACCUGUCACCCUUCAACCCAGCAGCAGCUCACAGUCACAGGCCCUCUUAAUGUCCUCCAUGCUCACAAGCGACAACAUCUCCCCUCCUGGCCACCUGCCCCUCCCCUCUCCCAUGGCCAGUCCAACAGAGGGUGGUGGUGGUGCUGCAGCAUAUGAACAGAACUACCUACCUCUGUUUCCAGGGCAUGUGGCGCCCAGUGAUCAAGCAGCAAGUCCCUCAGUCCGUCCGCCGUUAUCCCAUGAUCCUCUGUCCCAGUGUCAUCCAGGUCAGGACUCGGCGUCGGCAGCCUCCAUGGUUCCGUCGCCCUUGGACGACGCCUCAGCUCAGGAUGAGGCUGUAGAACCACCUGUGAUUACCCACAAGACCCCCGCUGUCAAACCCAGCGACACGGCAUCCACCUUCAGCCAUGCCUCCGGCUACGGCUCCAUAUCCACACAGCCUCCUCCUUCUCCACUUCAGCCCAUGGCUCCAUUACCUGCCACGCCUGUCCAACACCCGCAGACGUUUGCCCUGCCACGCCCCUUUUACUCACCCAGCGCCACCAAAAACCGCCCCGUGCAAAGGAUUGCCCCCGCGAACACCCUCCCCUCCUCCAUCCUCCUCCGCACAGCAACCCCUUUCCAAGGUCACACCAGUGCUGUGAUCGUUACACCAUCGCCUCUAAAAGCAGACGUGGUCCAUAACACUGGAGUGGUCAUCACUCCUUCUCAACUUGGAGGGACUCCUGGAUUUCACGUCUUACCUCAGACACAGAAGUCUCCUCUGCCGAUUGUCCCCAAAGAGAAAUCUUCCAGCCGCAGAAGUCAGAAAGCGGCCUCUGCUGUCGGUCACAGUCAGCCGGGAUCAGGUCAAGGAUCACCGCAUGGCUUAGAUCAAGUUUCUAGUCCCCAGUCACUGAUCAGCAGCAGCAUUACACCGCUGGUAAAGAAUGAACAAAAUCAGAGCCGGAGGACAACAUACAUAUCUGCAGAGCAAAAGAGGCGAUCAAACAUAAACAUUGGCUUUAAAACACUCUGCAAUAUGGUUCCGACCUUAAAGUCACAAUCAAAUAUGAGUAACGCAGUCACGUUGCAGAAGACUGUGGAUCACAUUUGGAAGCUCCAGCAGGAGAGACAGCAAGUGCUGGAGGAGGUCAAGAUGCUCCGAGAGGAGAUCGAGGAGAUCAACACCGCCAUCGGCUCGUUCCAGGAACAGUUGCCUGCAACAGGAGUCCCUGUGAGGAGAAACCGCUUGGACCACAUGCAGGAGAAGUUCGAUGAAUAUGUAAAGAAUCGCACUCUUCAGAACUGGAAGUUCUGGAUUUUCAGCAUCAUUAUCAAGCCUCUCUUUGAGUCUUUUAAUGGGAUGGUGUCGACUACGAGCAGGGCAGAGCUCUGUCAGACCACAUUGCAAUGGCUCGAUCGUCACUGUUCUCUCCCAGCGCUCCGACCCAUGGUGCUGAGGACCCUCCGUCAGCUGAGCACCACCACGUCCAUCCUCAGUGAUCCGUCCCUGCUGCCUGAUGAAGCCACACAGGCCGUCACACAGGCCGACGGGUGGCCCUGCUCUCAGAGGCAAUGAGUCAAUCACAAGCUUCAAGUGAAAGGGCUUCUGAACACUUGUUGUUUGCCUGUUUGAACAAUAUAUUUAAAUUUGAAUCCGUUUUAUAAUAUAAAAACACAAUGUUGUUUUGAAAAGGGAAGUAUGUUUUUGCGUGAUUGUUCAUUUUAUUUACACAGUUGUAAAAAGUGAAUGGAUAGCAUAAUUCUUUUAUGUAAAAAAACAGCAUGACUUGAAUGUGGGAUUAUUUCAGAACUGGUUGGCUGCAUAGUUUUGGGCGUUUUGGAAGCUCUGAAACCAAAGGUUUCACAUCAUGAGGUCAAGGUUCGUCUGACACCCGGUGACCCGUGGGCUCUGUGAUUGAUCAUCACAAGAAAGCUGACACCAUAAUUGUCUUUUUCAAUUUACUCAGGUAAAUGUUUAUUAGAGCGUCGACAAUAGUGGUUCCCUGACGGGUUCCCCCUGACGCCCUGAACAACCUUCUCACUACUUUUCUUGCUCUGCCGAGUUCCAGUAAGUGCAACAGUAAAUUGUACCAGAAAGCAAUUGUCUUAAAAACAUGUUACACAAAUGGGUCACAACAAUGGAGAGACGUUAUUUACAGCCCUCAUAGGGAGUACAAUGGAAACAGCAGUGCAGAUCUAUUAAAUACUUCAGUGUAUUCACAGUUUUUCAGGUUCUUGGAUAGAGGCACAGCAGUUGCAGGCGUCUUCCUGUUCCACGAUUGUCACUCAGGGAUGUGCUGGUCAGUGGCAUUUUGUACAAUUCAGCUAUGAACAAAUCAAGUCAGGCUUCAUUACAGCAGGAAAACAUGUCUGUAUAAGGGUACAGCCUGUUGUUUUCUACACUCCUAAAUACACUAAUUGAAAAGGUGUGUUAAUGACGGACAUUAUGAGUAUGUCUUGUGGAAAGGUACAGCACAGGGAAACCGAGUUACUGAAGCCAUAUUUGACAGAGUGCCUAUUGACUGCUUUGAGAAGUAGACAAUGUGCAGAUUUAGUGAGCAUGUCUGUGGAUCAGCCUUAAAGUCAAAGUGCUCUUACUCAGUAUCUGCAGGCUCGAUCAGUGUUGCUCUCUCAUCGUCACUGCGCUGUAGACGUUGAUUCUAAACCCGGUUUACAAUGGCACCACAUUGAUUAUUGUUGAUACCCUGCAGCUUUUUUAGUGUUUUAUUGCGAAUUGCAGAUUGUUUUAAGUUGAUUUUGUAAAUUAGAAAUAAUUUACAUGUUGAUGUAGACUACUCAAUUUACAUUACACCUGAAAAGCAUUCAACACAUUACAGUGAUGAUCAAUUAGGCCUAAUGACCCGAAGUCCCAAUGUGGCACCGUAGCUUGUGUGAUCCUUUUAUUUGUUUAUUUCCUGCUCCGUCUUGGAUUUAAAUAUGUUUGUAAUACCAGGUUGGAUUUCCAACUUGUAGCUUUUUCUGUGAGGGGGGGGUUUGUACCUGAUGAUAAUGUACAGUUUAUAGUUGCAGAUUGGAUCAGUUCAUCAUUUGUUUUAAGAUGUAAAGAUAUUUUGUUCUGCAUCUGAGUGUUUUUUUGUUUAACUUCCAAAGUUCAUGCAGCGAGUUUU